CACAGACUUGGUCGGGCCGGAGAGCUUCAGAUCUCGUAAAGAAAUCGAUUAUGCGGGGCGAUAGUCGGCUCGAUUCUGGCACUAACAAUGAGGGUGAUGUGUUAACCGGAUGAGAUACUCUAGCGCCCCCUGGUCAACGCGCUCUGGUUGCUGUGAAGCUCAAGGUUACACGAAUUUCUCCUUGAAAACCGAACCUACUCGACAGGCGACCUUUCCUCAACUACGAUUCUCAAUUGACCUCUCCCAGCUACAUCCACCUCCUCACGAACACACAAUCCACUAUGACUUCCAUGAGACCAUCCACCACGUCGUUGAAAUCGGUGCUCGUGAUCGGCGGCUGCGGCUUCCUGGGGCACCACGUCGUGCGGCUCCUGCAGGAGACGCACCCCACGGCCGCCAUCUCCGUCCUCGACUUGCGCACCAACAUCAACCGUUUCCCGGGCGUGACCUACUACGAUGGUGACAUCACGUCGCGCGAGUCGGUCGACAGCGUGCUCGCAAAGGAGAAGCCCGAAACCGUCAUCGACACCGUGUCCCCCGUCCACGGCCUCGGCAAGGAGUUGUACUUCAAGGUCAACGUCGAGGGCACCCGCAUCUGCAUGGAGGCCAGUAAGGCCGCCGGCGUCAAGGCCUUCGUCUGGACCAGCUCCGCCAGCGUCCUCUUCGACGGCGAGACCGACGUCAUCAACUUGAACGAGACGGCGCCGAUUCCAAAGAAGUCGCUGGAUCCGUACACGGAGACUAAGGCGAUCGGCGAAGAAAUGGUUCUCAAAGCCAACCGCGAAGGCGGGAUGCUUACGUGCGCGCUGCGGCUGUCGGGGCUAUUCGGCGAGGGCGACCGGCAGCUGAUCCCGGGGAUGCUUCAGGUGAUGGCGAACGGGCAGACCAAGUUCCAGAUCGGCGACAACAGCAACCUGUUCGACUUCACGUACAUUGGCAACAGCGCGUACGCGCACAUCCUGGCGGCCGAGAAGCUGGUCGCCAUCGACCCCGCUACCACCCCCAAGAGCCCGUUCACUGUCGAUGGCGAGGCCUUCAUCAUCACUAAUGGCGAGCCGGUCUACUUUUGGGAUUUCCCCCGCGCUGUCUGGGCGCUCAGGAAUCACUACCCGUCGUACUACAUCAAGAUGCCCCGGGAGGUCGGUGUCUCGCUUGCGGCCGCGGCAGAGGCCUUCGCGUACAUCAUGGGCAAGGAGCCGGGGUUCACACGGUUCCGGGUCAAGUUUAGUUGCUGGAACAGAUACUUUGAUAUCCGGAAGGCGAAGAAAAUGUUGGGAUACGAGCCCCUAUGGAACCUGCAGGACGGUCUGAUCAGGACGUUGAAGUGGUUCGAGGAGGAGGAUCAGCAGAAGGGCGAGAAGAAAGCGCAGUAGAGGAGCGUGUGUGGUGGAAGAUACCCGAAGCUAUGGCUUUUAAACAUAAACGCGUUGUAAUUUGUUUAUAUCAUGUUCUGGAGCAAGCAAGCGGUAGUCAAGUGUUAAUGCGAGAGGAUGUAUGGAAAAAGGAAGAAUAACGCCGCCGAAGUUAUGUUGUGUACUGAUUGGAAAUGUUCACUUCCCC